AACCCAAAACCCCAUCCCUCAUUUCUCUUCAAAACAAAUCCUUACAUACAAACUAAGAGAGAGAAAAAAAAUGGGUUCUCUUACCAAAGUAGACCAAGGAAAACAGCAACCUCAUGCAGUGCUCUUCCCAUACCCAUCUCAAGGCCACAUAAGUCCCAUGCUAAAGCUUGCAAAACUCUUUCACCACAAAGGCUUUCACAUAACGUUUGUCAAUACAGAAUACAACCAUAGACGUCUCCUCAGAUCCCGAGGUCCCAACUCUUUGGAUGGCUUGCCUGACUUUCAUUUCAGAGCCAUUCCCGACGGCCUCCCACCGUCCGACGGCAACUCCACCCAACAUAUUCCUUCACUUUGCUAUUCCGCUUCCCGCAAUUGUUUGGCUCCACUCUGUAGUCUCAUUUCGGAGAUCAACUCGAGUGGCACCGUUCCACCUGUUUCCUGUAUUAUUGGCGAUGGGGUCAUGACUUUCACUGUUUUUGCUGCCCAGAAAUUUGGUAUUCCCAUUGCUUCGUUUUGGACGGCUAGUGCUUGUGGGUGCCUUGGAUAUAUGCAGUAUGCUAAGCUUGUUGAACAGGGCUUGGUUCCUUUCAAAGAUGAAAACUUCACGACUAAUGGGGAUCUAGAAGAAACAAUAGAAUGGAUUCCACCAAUGGAGAAAAUUCGUUUGAGAGACAUUCCAAGCUUUAUUAGAACGACAGAUAAAGACGACAUAAUGCUCAACUUUUUCCUCGAACAAUUAGAAACACUUCCCAAAGCCAAUGCAAUAAUCAUGAACACAUUUGAUUCCUUAGAGCACCAUGUGUUGGAAGCACUUUCCUCAAAACUUCCUCCCAUUUACCCAAUUGGUCCAAUCAACUCAUUAGUUGCUGAGUUAAUCAAAGACGAAAAAGUCAAGGACAUCCGUUCAAAUCUAUGGGACGAGCAGUCAGAAUGCAUGAAAUGGCUUGAUUCACAACAACCCAACUCAGUAGUUUACGUCAACUUUGGAAGCAUAACUGUGAUGUCUCCUGAACACUUGGUGGAAUUUGCAUGGGGACUUGCCAAUAGUGAGAAGCCCUUCUUGUGGAUCGUAAGGCCAGAUCUAGUGGAAGGGGAGACGGCAUUGUUGCCGGCGGAGUUUUUGGCAGAAACGAAAGAAAGAGGGAUGUUGGGGGAUUGGUGUAACCAAGAAGAGGUUUUGAAGCAUCCUUCGGUUGGAGGGUUUUUGACUCACAGUGGAUGGAACUCGACGAUGGAGAGUAUUGCGGGAGGAGUGGCUAUGAUAUCGUGGCCGUUCUUUGCAGAACAACAAACCAAUUGUCGUUAUUGUAAGACGGAGUGGGGAAAUGGGUUGGAGAUUGAUAGCAAUGUGAGGAGGGAGGACGUGGAGAAGCUUGUGAGGGAGUUGAUGGAAGGAGAAAAGGGUGAAGACAUGAAGAGAAAUGCGGAAGAGUGGAAGAGGAAGGCUGAAGAGGCUUGUAAGAAUGGUGGGUCAUCCCUAACAAAUUUAGAUCGAGUCAUUUCUGAAAUUCUUUCCAGCAAAGAGAAAUCAAAGCUUGAAUGUCAAAAUUAACGAUAUAAUUUCAUGUAAGCAUGGCUAGUAACAACGCUCAUGCCGUCUGGUCAAAUAGUUAAGCAUAUUAAUUUUCAUAAAUCUAAACGAAGAAACUUUUGUCUUCUUUGGCUUUUCCUAUUACUGAUGUGUUUGAUUUAUAUUGGUAUUGUUAUGGUUUCUUUAAUAUAAAUAAGUGGUGUUCAUUGGGAUGUGUGCCAAUGUGUUGUUGAAUAA